UUACUUUCACUAUGAGCAAAUGAGCAGUAUGUGUAAAGGUGGAUUAUGCCGUUAUGCGGCUUGCAAUUGGAGCAUCGAUCUGUCCGUGUCCCCACUGGUCCCCGCUCCCACUCGCUCCCAACCUUACGCUUUUAAACACAUGUUGUGUUCAAAGUUCAAAAUCAACAUCAACGCGUAAACACAACACACCAACACAGCACUCAUCGGUUGGACUGUACCGGACUGUACAAUCAAACGCACACUCCUACUUUAGUUUAAUUUAAUUGGUUUUGACACUGGCGGAUCUGCGAUCAUUUUGGUGAUAUGGUGUUGGAAACAAUCUACUUACAGCAUCAAUUUGCAAGAGAGCACAAUAGCAUAGAUGACUAGCUGAAGCUGAAAAGGCAAAAUGAUGGAAGCAACUGACCAACUGUUUGACAAAACAAUUCUUUCCCUGUUGAGAUUUGAAGAUAAUAAAAGAGGGCGAGCAAUAAUUUGGAGGGAAAAUGCUGAGGAGGAUACAAUCUAUUCAUACGAGCAACUGUCCAUUGAAUCGUCAAAGUUUGCUAAAAAAUUGUAUGAGUGCGACAUACCCAAAAACUCGUUUGUCGCUUUCACUGUUACUAGUCUUUCAUAUCACUGCUUACCUGCUGUAAUUAUUGGUAUUUUAAAGCAUAGCUGCGCAUUUGCCCCAAUUGCUGAUAUCAACAACAUCGUCCUAAAAUUUCGAGGGAAUUACAUUGCUACUGACUCUGACUCGCAAGUUGGCUUUGGAAACUAUAUCGGCGAGUGUACAGUCUUUGGAAAAACCUGGCACAUCCUAAAGAGGUGUGCAGUUGCCCCAGACGUUGAGUUAGACAGCAAAGAUUACGCCUACGCCAUAACUACAUCAGGCACAACUGGAAUAGCUAAAGUUGUCCAAGUCCCUCACAAGGCCAUUGUGCCAAACAUAAUCUAUUUAAAAGAAAGGUUUGGUAUCACCUCGGAAGAUGUCAUUUUACAAUGCGCGCCACCAACUUUUGAUCCCUUUGUUGUGGAGAUGUUUAUGACCUUCUACGCUGGAGCAACUCUGUUGAUGAUCCCACCCUUAGAAAAAUCCCAGCCAAGCUUGGCUUUCAAGGCAAUAAUCAAAAGUCCAGCACCCACGGUCAUUCAAGCUACUCCAUCCUUCAUCUGCAAUUUUGAUACAAGGAGUUUGUUAGAAUUGCUAGGGCCAAAAUCAAGUCUAAAAGUUCUUGCUUUUGGUGGAGAACCAUGUCCAAUGAAGAGUCAACUGCUGCAGUGGAAGAGUGCUGAUAAUAGGACAAGAAUCUUCAAUCUUUAUGGAGCCACAGAAGUUUCCUGCUGGUCUACUUGUGAAGAGCUGGACUUCUCAAACUGUGAAGAAAUUCUUCUUGGAGAUUUUCUUCCUUUUAACCAAGUACAAGUUCGAUCUGUUAAUGACGAUUCAGAGCUGAAAAGUGGCGUUGGACAAUUAUUCAUAACAACGCUGGACAGAAUGUGCACAAUUAAUGGGAGGUCUUUAAGGAACCAAUGGCACGCAACCGGAGAUUUGGCUAAAGUCUGGACAGAUGGCAAAUUCAGUUUAGUUGGCAGAAUGAGUGACCAUCGGAACUUAAAGAUAUUAGGCCAGAAAGUAAACGUCUAUGAAAUCGAAAGCAAAGCAAAACAACUAAAUCUGGUCAAAAAUUGUGUCGUGCUCACAAACGUCACUAGUGUUUUGAAAUUGGUGCUCUUCGUGGUUCCGGCUGAUAAUCUGAAAGUGGUCCACAAGGAAGUGCAGCAUGAAGUUCUGACCCAGCUUCAUAGAGUUCUUCCAGCACUUUCAAUCCCUAACGUUGUGGUGACGAUUAAACUACUCCCUCUGACUAGCCAUGGAAAGGUUGACCAGAAAAUUUUGCUUCGUAAAACAAAACAGUUGUUCCGAAAGACUAAAUCAACAAGAUUAAGCAAUGAUAGUAAAUUAGAGCGGCUAAUUAAGGAGGCUUGGAUAGUGUCAUUAGGAACGCUAGUGGAGUCCGAGAUUUCACCUAAUUCACUGUUUCUUAGCAGCGGUGGUGAUUCUGUCAAAGCUAUGCAUUUCCAUGCACGACUUUUAAUGACAGCUGGAAUUAAAUCUGAUGAGCCUCUAUUACUAACAUGCAUCUUGGAAAAGAGUUUUAGGGAAAUUUCUGAAUGUUUUGCGCUUUUGCUGAAAAAUAGAAGCCAAAAAUGCAAUGCUAAUGCUGUCGCUAGCCAGAAUGUGCGAUUAGGAAGAAAAUGUGAUUUAUCUGACAUCACAAACCAGAGUCAAAUUUUGUGUUCUGUCAGCAGAGGUCAAAUCUGUUUCCAUCAGACCAACUUUCGUGCAAUGGCAGCAGAACCAGCUGCUAUGCCAAACUUGAGUGAAUUUUGGAAAGUUGAUUUUGGAAAGUGCAUUGAUGCUUCACCUCUUGUUGUCCAAUAUUUAAAUGGUGCUGCUGUUGUGUGCAUUGGCUCUCACUCAGGAAAAUUCGCUUGCAUUGAUGUGCACAGUGGCACUGUGCUUUGGUCAAUUUUCCUUGGCGAUCGCAUUGAAGCUACAGCAUCCCUGAGCAGUUUCGGCACUUUUUUCAUUGGAUGCUAUGAUGGUGCUCUUUAUAACAUUGACUGUAAUGGAAAGGUGCUCUGGGAAUUCCAAACCAAAGGCACAAUCAAGUCUUCGGCAGUGACUUCAAUGGAAAACGUCAUAUUUGGCUCUUAUGAUCAAAGUCUCUACAGUGUGAACCAAAAGACUGGCGAUCUGGUGUGGGAGGAGCAGUUACACAAAGGCGCAAUCUAUGCAAAUCCUGUAGUCCAUGGAAACUUGGUGAUAGUUGCCACUCUUGGAGGAUAUGUGAUUUGUAUUGACGUGGAACAAGGAUCUGAAGUGUGGCAGCUGCACCAGGGAAAGCCUUUUUUCUCAACGCCGCUGCUACUCGACAAACAAUUAGUGAUGGUAGGGAACGUCUCAGGCCUCAUUAGCUGUAUUGAUGUUUCCAAUGGGAGGAUUAUAUCAAGCUUUCAAGCAGAGGGGGACCUGUUUUCCUCUUUUGCAUUUGAUGGAUCUCAAAUAUUUUACGCUGACAAGAUGAAAGUGAGUCAAUUUGAUAGCAGAACAGGUGAAAAAGUGAAUCAAUUUAACGUUGGUGGUCGGAUCACAAGUACUGCUAUGGUGUUCAAUAAUAUUUUGGUUGUGGCCAGCUCAACACGAGUGGUGCUGUUCAACAUGUCAAAUGGCAGUGUUGCUCAAGAUUUUCUACUGCCAGAAGAAGUGUUUUCUAGUCCUGCUCUUUCCAAGGAUUACUUGAUAUUUGGUUGUAGGGAUAAUUUUCUGUAUUGUUAUAAAAGAAAAUAAAUAAUAGAUUCUGGAUUUAUAAAA